AUGGCUCUUCCUCCCAUUAAAACUGUCGGUGUGAUCGGCACUGGUGUCAUCGGCGCCAGUUGGACGGCACUGUUCCUGGCUAGAGGCUUGAAGGUCAUUGUGACGGAUCCGGCACCGGGGGCUGAUAGCAAACUCCGUGAUUAUUUGCUGAAGCAUUGGUCAACUAUACCCAAUGCGAAAGUGACACAAGCCGAUUACUUGAACAAUCUCAAAUUUGUCAAGGAAAUCGACCCUCACCUUGGAGAUUUAGAUCUAAUUCAAGAAAAUGGACCAGAAAGGCUGGACUUCAAACGCCGUCUUCUCGCUCAUUUGGACGCAAAUACCCCCGAGCACGUAGUUAUCGCAUCAUCGUCCUCCGGCCUCCCUUCGUCGGAAUUUGUCACUGAAUGCAAGAAAAACGCAGCCCGUAUUUUGAUCGGCCAUCCCUUCAACCCUCCACACCUAGUGCCCUUGGUGGAGGUAGUUCCCCACCAAGGAACGGGUGAUGCGUACGUGACAGCUGCGCUCCAGUUCUACCGCAGCCUGGGCAAAGAUCCGGUGCUCGUCAAGAAGGAGACACCUGGGUUUAUUGCGAACCGGCUUCAAGCGGCUGUUUGUGCUGAAGCAUAUAGCCUCAUCUCGAGAGGAGUUGUCUCAGCUGAAGACCUUGAUAAAACUGUGACAUCUGGCCUUGGUCUUCGUUGGGCUUUAACUGGACCUAUCAUGACCAACACUCUUGGGGGAGGUGGAGACUUUAACCAUUUCAUGGACCACCUGGGACCGGCGUUGAAAACAUGGUUAGAUGACAUGCACCAGCAUGAAUUUGACCUGGAUUCUCAAGACGUCCUUAAAGAGAGAGUGAAUGAGUGGAUAUCGCACGUCAACUUGAAAGAGAUUGAAGAAAGUCGGGACAAAUUUUUGGUUGGCUUGAUCAGCAGCAAAUCGGAGUGUUCCUCAUAA